AUGCGAACUCGAUCGAGUCGGUCUACAGAAGACUUGGUCGAGCUAGACUUCACACGGGUAGAAAGAGAAGUCAGAGGUCAGAGGGUACAAGAGGAACCUGAGGCAACUCGACCGAUUGGUCUAGGAGAUGCUCCAAACCGCCAUCAACAGAGACAAGGGAUUGUCCCACCACCUGUGCAGAACCACAACUUUGAGAUCAAGCUGGGAAUGAUCAACCUUGUGCAGAACAAGAUGUUCCAUGGAUUGCCAAGUGAAGACCCCAUUGAUCACCUUGAUGAGUUUGAUAGGUUAUGUGAUUUGACAAAGAUCAAUGGUGUCUCUGAAGAUGCCAUCAAGCUGAGACUCUUUCCUAUGUCUCUUGCUGACAAGGCUCACCAAUGGGAGAAGAGCUUGCCCCAUGGCACAAUCACCACUUGGGAUGAAUGCAAGAAGGCCUUUCUUGCUAAGUUUUUCUCCACCGGUCGCACAGCUAAGGAGUGA